AUGGCCUUCACGGGUGGUUGCUCCGCGUACGCCCGCGCCGCGCCGCCGGCGCCGGUCAAACAAUGCAUUCGGUAUAGCAGCACACCUGUACUUUCAAGGGUAUUCGAGACAUAUCAGAAGGCUCGACUGGUGUUCGUUCAGACCAUGGCCGAACUAGCCACUAGGGCUUCUAACGUCAAAUGUCUCGAGAGCGCUGGAGUGUUAGAAUUUCUCCGCCCCCUCCUAUCGGACCCGUGCAGCACAGUGCGCCAGUGCGCCGUGGUGGCGGCGGCUAGGCUCGGAGAGCACGACGAAGGCUUCUCGCGACACCUCCUCAACGGAGGCCUCAUCACCAUUGCUCUUGAAAAUCUCAAUAAAUACAACGUGUUCUACAAAAGAUCGGCGCUGUAUCUAAUGAGGGCUGUUGCAAAACACAAUGAAGAGUUGGCGUCAGCAGUGGUUCGUCUCGGAGCGUUGGAACACAUCGUGUCUUGCUUGGAGGACUUCGAUACGCAGGUGAAAGAGAACGCGGCUUGGGCUUUAGGCUACAUCGGCAAACAUAACGAGCACUUGGCAGGUCUGGUGGUCGACGCGGGGACGCUGCCGCUACUAAUCCUGGCUUUUCAAGAACCAGAGCUGAGUCUCAAACAGAUUGCAGCCGGGGCUAUAGUGGACCUGGCCCAACACAAACCCGAAGCCGUGGUGGAUGCUGGCGCGAUAUGCCACCUUGUUCGAGGACUCGAGAAUCAAGAUCCCAAACUAAAGCGCAGCACGUUAUGCGCCCUGAGCGCGGUGGCGAGCGCGCGGCCCGAGCUGGCGGAGGCCGUGGUGGCGGGCGGGGUGCUGCCUCAGGCGCUGCUGCACGCCGGCCACGACGCCGCGCCCGUGCGCCGCGCCGCCGCCUGUCUUAUACGGGACAUUGUCAAACAUUCCGUUGAUUUGGCGCAACUGGUAGUGAACACAGGCGGCUGCGGGCCGUUGGUGGACUUGAUGAACGAGCAGGCGGGCGGAGUGCGGGUCCCGGCGUGCAUGGCUCUGGGGUACAUCGCCGGGCAGUCGGACCAGCUCGCUAUGGCUGUUAUAGAGGCUAAGGCAAUCCCAGCGUUGAUGAAUAUACUACAGAACGAGGAGGCGGAAGACGCGGAGCUGUGUGCGGCGGCGUGGACAUUAGGCCAUAUUGCGAAGCACACGCCUCAACAUAGUCUAGCUGUCGCCGUGGCCAACGCCCUGCCACGGCUACUACAGCUAUACACCAGCCCAAAAUCUUCGCCGGAAGUGCGCGCCCGCGCCUCGUGUGCUUUGAAGCAGUCCCUACAAUGCUGUUUGCAUCGCCCGGCACUCGAACCCCUACUCCACGCAGCCCCAGCCUGCAUACUCAAAUAUGUACUAGCCCAAUAUGCUAAGAUACUGCCAAAUGAUGCAAGAGCUAGAAGAUUAUUUGUAUCCACGGGCGCUUUGAAGAGAAUUCAAGAGAUAGAUACAGUGCCAGGAACAUCGCUGAAGGAAUACAUCAAUAUUAUAAACAGUUGUUUCCCCGAAGAAAUUGUCAGGUAUUACUCACCGGGCUAUUCUGAAACACUCUUGGAUAGAGUUGAAGCUUACACACCUCAGAUUCCAGAGUUAUUCACAGAUAGAGUGCCCAGUGACUGCCAAAGUGAAUUAACGAUAGAAAAUGGGAAUGUAUAAUUAAUUGUUUUAGACUACAUAAUUUUAUUUAUUAAACGUUUUUUCG